GUACUCAUAACUGGAGGCUUCCAUGAAGCUACUAUUACAUGUCCUGGUACUGAUAGGAUAUACCUUAAUAAUAGCAGGAAAGGAUUCGUUCGUUAUGCUCUCCGUGAGGGGUAUUCCCUUACCCCUGUUUAUGGUUUUGGUGAGACUGAUACAUUCUCUAAUGUAUUUAUUGUACAAGGGAUGUGGGCUUUCCGUUUCUGGCUUAAUAGUGGUACUUUCCAACUCCCAGCGGAUAUUGGUUAUGUCCAAUACUUCCUAAAAGGGAGAGGUUGA